AUGGACAUCUGCGAUGCAUUUCCUUCUCGCGCGUCCCAAAAGGAUGGCCAAUACUUCUUCAUUAAUAAAAGCAGAAAGUCGGUCCAUCUCUCGCGAAGCUCCCUGGCUGAAAAGGCUGCUAUCCAAAGUCAUGUACAAACUGGGACCAAACGCAACCGACCGGCCAAAUCUAGGCUCUCCGUCGUGGUGAGUGGUCAUUUCAGAUCCGACAAAGGGCGGAAUUUUGUUUCGUCAAAUUCUGCAUCUAGCGCCGCAACGCAAGAUUCGAAAAUGCUAAGCCAGCGGUCCCCAAAAUCGUUCGCUCUGUCCAAACAAGAGGAGCGCUCACAGAAGCCGGAACGGCCGCUACCAGAAGCCACAAAAUUGGGCACCGCUGGCAGCACUAUCCAGUUCACGCAAUCGAGGGGGCCAACUAUGAGACUUUUAUUCGUUGAUUCUCGUGCCAAAGGCUCGCAAAGGGAACGGGAACUCGAGGAUGCUCAGCGAAAGGCCCAUGCUGCUAUCGAAACACACCGAAAGAAGAAAAUGCGCUCGAGGCAAGGAGUUCUCCAGAGCACAGGGAAUCGAAGUCCGGAUCAAGUGUGGAUUGAAAGCCCAGAAAGCACCUCCACAUCGAGCGGUACUUCGGGGGAACUGGAACAGCCAAGUCAAAUUUUGCGUGGCACAUCUCCUACCGAUCAAAUGAUUCUAUCCAAGAUAGAUCCAUUUGGAACUGGGUCCAUCAAGUUCGACAAAACUGUAGCUAAUUUGCUCCACUAUUACGUUUACUUCUAUCAUCCGACAAUAUGGCCUAACGAAAUGGCUGUCCUCCGUCAUGGCUGUUACGUAUUCGAAGGCGCCGUGAACAACAUCAUGAGCACCGUCAUGGAGGACAAACUUGUCAUGUACUGUCUUCUAAGCGCCGCGGCUUCUCGAUUUCAGUUUGUUGAUCGUCUGCCUUCUGCCGAGGUGAUGGGGAAAGAGGGCUACUACGUACAAAAUGCUCUGCAGCUUCUACGCUGUCACGUUGCCUCCACCCCUUUGCAAGGGUCCGAACAGUUAAGACGACUACUGAUAUGCAUUAUGUUCCUGACAUCUGCUGAAGCAUACAGGGAUGAGGUUUCGGCAGCAAAAACACACCUAAAGGCUGCGGUCGUUCUCUUGAAAGAGAAAGGUGGCCUUAAAUAUAUGCAGGAUGAAAACUUAAGAGGACAGCUUGCUAUGGCUGAUCUAUAUCUAGCCUGCAUCAAGUUGGAACCAUGUUUGUUUGAUUGCGCCUAUGACCCAGGUUCUGCCAGUGCCCUUAACCUAGAGGAGAGUGAACUAGACCAGUUGGAAUGCAAGGUCCUAGGGACGUCCUUUCUGGACAGGGAUACCGACUUGAUUCCCUUGGAGCUAGGGACAUUGAUCGGCCAGGUAUGCGAGACUUACAGCAUCAGGUCUCAGCUCCGGACGUCUUCCAUGGUGGCAUCACGAGUGAUGCAAGCCACUCAUUGGAUUACCACGCGUAACAUGGCUAUCAGGCACAGACUUCUUGCAUUGAAAACAGAUGACUCAAGAGUUCACGCGCUACGCGUAGCAAUAAUCAUGUGGACUUUACUUUCCAUGAAUGUAACUGGACGAACCAAGACGGUCAAGCAUAUGGCGCUAACGUUAAGAUUGAUUCUGGCUGAAAUAUCAGAUCUUGACUGGAUUGAUAGCGAGGACAUUGGCUUGUGGAUUCUUCUGGUUGGGUUCGCUUGUUCUGCCGAGGGAAGUGAGGUAUCGGUGUGGUAUGCAGAACAGUGCUAUUGCUUUGGAAGUGGUUUGAUACCCGUCAGUCUAGACCAGGAUCGUGAGGAUGGUCUUGCAAUGCAAUUGGAGAGCUUCCAGCUUGGGUACUUUUUCGAUCUCCAGGUUCAGAGAUCUCGAACACGGAGACUCGCCCAGCACUGGCUUCAGCUGCAAGAUGUGCAAGGAUGA